GUCUUACUUACGCCCCCACAACGUGAAGCGAACGGCGCACUGCACGCAGACUGUUCCUAUCUAGAAAGGGAAAAACCAUCAAACAAGCAAACGAAGGCCGAAGCGAAAGAUAUACCGAAGGCUCUAUUCGUACAUCCGUACCGGUCCGAUGGAGUCACUGCCUCGGGUAGCCUACGGCCCUUCCCCGCCGCCGCAGAGCGCAAAGGGAAAGUUGCGGAUGACGCGCAGCAGCGCACACGGCGAGCAGCGCGCCGCUCAGCUGUCGUCGAGUGCCGCGCGGAGCGCCCCGACCUCCGCCGGCGGCGCUGCGGCCUCCACCCGUCGCGUCCGCGGAGAGGCGCGCCGCCUCGUCGAGGACUACUGGCAAUCCGUCUGGAACUCCCGGCACGACGCGCCGCUCUACCACACCUUCUCCGACCGCUACGGCGGCACUCGCGGUGUGCCUUACGCCUCGCGGCGGGCAGACGCUGCGAGUCGUGCCGCCGCCGCUGAUGCCGCGAGCGUACCGGCGUGCCUGGCGAGGGCAGACGAGGCGUUUGGCGAGGGGCGGAUGUCCGACGCGCGGGCACAGCUGGAGCGUAUCCUUACUCUUCUGCAGAACAGCGCUGAGUCGCAGGGUGUGCUGACGGUGGCGGCGCUUACGCAGCGGCGAGGAACAACGGAGGCAGACCAGCAACGGUCGUUCUGGUUGGCCGAGGCGCUGCGCCGUUUAGGUACACUGGAAAUGAUAUGCGGCCGCUACGCGGAGGCGCGGGAGUUGCUGAAUGGGAGCAUUGCGGCGGAUCCGUUGAACUUGGACACCUACCUGCUGCGCGCGUCGUGCUGUGAGGCGCUGCGCUCCUUCGCUGAUGCCUACGAGGACUACACCAAGUACAUGAAGAUGAAGGAGCCCUCGAUGGAGGUGCUGGCGCACAGCGGAAAGUGCGCGGCAGAGGCAGGACUGUCCGAAGUGGCGCGUGAGCAACUGGGUCGCCUGCUGCGCCUGUCGGAGGAGGUGCUGCUGAGCACCGCGGCAAGCGGCGGGCCAUCCGGCGCAGGCAGUGACAGGAGCGGCGAAGCCCUGCCUCUGCCACUUACCUCCUCCGUCCCGCCUCUCGCGAGUGCGUCGUGGGCUGCUGGGACCCUCACCAUGACAAUGAACGGCACACCCCUGUCGAGCAUCGAGCUUCUCCGCCGCGCCUGCGAUUUUUACGUGGCCCACGCCCACUUCUACCUGGGCUAUGUGGCAGAUAUGUGCUGCACCAACACCGCCGCCGCCGCCUCCAUUACACGCGCAGAGGCCAAACAACUGCGACAAGAGGCCGCGUCGCACUACAAGGCGGUCCUGCGCAACACGGACUACGUGCAAACGUAUGAGGCGAGCGUGGCAACGGCGAUGCAGGCCGAUGACUUCUCCCUCGCACGUCACCUGCUGCGCUACCUGCAGCGCAUGAACCCGCACAGGGCAGACUACUUCCUCGACACCGCGAAGGCGUGCCAUGCGGACGGGGACGUGACGGGCGAAUUAUGCGCGCUGUCCGCCGCCCUCGACCGCGAGCAGACCGCGACGGAGCGGAGGGCAACGCUGCUGGCCCGCGGUGCCGUCUACGCGGACAAGCGGCACGACUGGUCACAUGCAAUUCGCGAUUUCACCCUCCUCCUCAGUAUUCCUGCGCCGGCGGUGGAAGUGGGUGCCGCGGAGGGCCCCGCCACCGGCGACGUGGACUGGUCUACCCCGCUCGCGCUUGUGCGGCGAGCGUUCGCCUAUCGUCAGCGACAGGCGGACGGCGGCCGGAGCGACUUGCUGCAGCGCGAGGACGAGGAGGCAGCGCUCGUCGACUACGCGGCCUUUCUGCAUGCCCUCGUAGCCGCGUGCGAGGCCGCCGGCAUUUCGCGCCAGGAGUACGCCUUGUCCGUUGAUCGGGUACCUCCCCUGUGUCAGCCCAGCGAACUCAUUUCCGCGUUGUUGGUGCUGGCCAACGGCGCGUUUCGUGGGCAUCAGUUCGCGAGCACGGUGGAGUACUUCAGCCGCGCCAUCGCGCUCGGGUGGAACCCGGAGUCGCCCCAGUCCGUGCUGCCGUCGACGGAAAGGCUGGCGGACCAGCUGUACCUCUCUCUGGCCCACCAUGUCAUGUCCCUUUACCCGCUCGAGGAGGAGAUGUUUCGUGCGCCGUACGAAGCACGCGAAGCCACCACGGUGUCGGUGUCCAUCACCAACUCUGCAGGCGGGGAGGUGCGGCGGUCGACCAAGACAGGCGGGACCGGAGCGAGCCGCAGCUCCAGCGGCGAAGGUGAGCGUAACGGCUUCGUCUACCCACCGUUGCUGUACGUCGUUGUCGACCAGCGCUAUCAGCGACUGCGGGCACUCGAGCCGACCUUUUUUGCGGCCAUCGAGGACGCCUUUUUAGAUCUGUGGGAGCCGUACCACAGUGAGGUGGAGCGGCUGCGAGAGGAGGCGCUGUCGUCUCGUGCGGGGCGGCGUGGGAAGCGGUAA